AGUCUUCUAGUGAACGCCGUGCGGUUUGGAUGUUGUUCCGUCUUACGACCAGCCAUCUUUUUUGGCCCCCCGGUUUCUAUCGUGCGUCUCGUAAACUCGUGUUUUCGACCUGGGUCGGCUGAUUGUGAUUGGGAUUGUGUCAUUUGAUUUGGCAGUGAUUGAUCGUGAUCAAUAUGGAAGCAAUUGUCUUCAAAUUGUUGAUUGAUUUGAAGUGAGAACCAGUGAUAAAGUGAAUUUUAAGAUAAAUCGAAGAAAAUGUUUAUGUUUUGUCUGGUCGAAGCCGAAUGAAGGUGCAAGAGUGAGAAGCAAGUGAUUGAAAGAAGGCAAAACAAACGUGCGGAGGAAAGAGAUCAGAGAAUAACGAACCCGGUUCGGCAGGUUCGUUUCGUGUUUUGUGCUUUGAGAAGUGUCAAAUCUGUUUCAGAGCCGGCUUGUUUGGGUGCGAUGAAUUUUUGCUGGCCAAAGCCGGUGUAAAUAUUUUGAUUAUGAAUGCUUGAUAAUUCGGUGCGGAUGAAAGUGAUUCCCAUCAAUCGGGUAAUAAUCAGCUGAUAUCGAUACAUCAAAAGUGUAAAACCAGAAACCAUCCCGUCGUACGAAAAUAAACCAACAGGAAGCGAAAAGAGUUCAACCGAACCAUCGCAUCGGAAAAGCAGUUCUCAUCGCAAGCUGUCAAAAUGACGAAUUUAUGUGUUUACAUUGGAUUAUUCCUGGUGUUUGCGGCCGGCGGCAGUGCCCAUCUGAACCUGUAUCUGAACCAGCUCGAAGUCAUGCGAUUACUCGGUCUUUCGGCAGAGUUAUACUACGUACGAGAAGGUCAAGUCAACGAGUAUGCUCUCCACUUCACAGUGCCAGUGCCUGCAAACGUACAAGAUAUCUCCUUCACAUGGCAAAGCCUUGCCGGGAAACCACUCCCCUACAAGAUCAACAUCGUUACAUCAGAUCCGUUGGCCCUACCGAAACCAUCGAUGAACAUCUCCCGAGUAGGGGAGAUUCCCACGCAGAUCGAAACCUUUGCCAUCGCGCUCAAAUGCGCCGGACGAGAACCGGCUGAAGUUGAAGUCACAAUCACCAUCGAAGUCACACUCAAUCGAGUCACCGGGAACGCUACGGAGUUGGUGUUUCGAAGGAAGAAGAUAUGUCUGAAUAAUGAACAUCCGGAUGCCAAUCAACCUGAUCCGUACCUCCUGGAAACUGUUACCCAUACUCAAAGCGGCCUAAUCACCCUGAUCGUGGGUGGAAUCCUUGCGAUCGUCCUUGUAACGAUCCUCAUCUUCAUAGCGUACUGCACACGAGGUUCUCUAAAACGGAAACCUCACCACGCCCAACCAAUCCGAACAUCCAGUUUCCAACGCCUUCAAACACAUCCCCCAUCUGCUCCGUCUUCAAUUGUAUCCCCACCUUCCAUAACUCCAACUAUCGCCACCCUAUCCCGUAACAAAAUCUAUGCCAACGCCGAACCAGAGGAACUGCAGCGUCGCAUCUCCGAACUCACUGUCCAACGAUGCCGCGUCCGGUUAUCCUCGCUCCUCCAAGAAGGCACCUUUGGCCGAGUCUACCGUGGUUCCUACAACGACAGCCAGGAAGUCCUAGUCAAAACCGUCGGACAACACGCCUCGCAAAUCCAAGUCUCGCUACUCCUCCAAGAAGGAAUGAGCCUCUACGGAGCGCAACACCCCGGAAUCCUAUCCGUCCUUGGCGUCUCGAUCGAAGACCACACGGCUCCCUUCCUGCUGUACCUCGCACCGGACAACAUGCGCAACUUGAAGAUCUUUUUACAGGAACCGGUCGCUCGAACCAUGACCACUAUCCAAAUCGUCAAGAUUCAGCUGCAACUUGCACAAGCGCUGGGACAUCUCCACAGUCACGGAGUGAUCCACAAGGACAUUGCUGCCCGCAAUUGCGUAAUUGACGACCAGCUUCGGGUGAAACUGGCGGACAACUCGCUGUCGCGGGAUCUCUUCCCCGGCGAUUACUACUGCCUGGGCGAUAGCGAAAACCGACCGAUCAAGUGGCUCGCCCUGGAGGCCAUCCAGUACAAGCAGUUCAGCGAAGCGUCCGAUACAUGGGCUUUCGGCGUGCUGAUGUGGGAACUGUGCACGCUGGCACGGCAGCCAUAUGCAGAGGUUGAUCCGUUCGAGAUGGAGCACUACCUGCGGGAUGGCUACCGAUUAUCGCAACCCAUAAACUGCCCAGAUGAGCUAUUCGCCAUCAUGGCCUACUGCUGGACGAUGCUCCCGAUGGAGCGACCUUCGUUCGAGCAGCUCCAGGUUUGCCUGCAGGACUUCUACGCUCAGAUCACACGGUACGUCUAGGGUCUACCGAACGCCGCAAACGGUGCGGUAGUUCCUAUGGCCGCCUAUGGUCAAACACGUGAUUCCAAACUACUCGUGGCUCAGCAGCUGCCUCAACAAAAGCAGCAGCAGCAGUCGCAACCAGAACAACAUCAUCAACAGCAGCGGUUCUACAUGUUUCCUACGCCACGUGCUCUUUCGCUUAGCUUUAGCUUCCGUGUCAAGAAUCGUCGAAAUGCUGGCAACAGCAACACAUUCAACGUGAACAGCACUAUGCCGAGCAGUAACAGCAAUAGCAACAGUAGCAGCAACGGCAACACCAUCAACAACAAUCACAUCUACGAAAGUCCUCAGGAUGCCCUAGUGGGAGCCUGUCAGACAAUGCCCUCGAAUGGUAAAAUUGGAGCCGUUUCGUGACAUAAGGCCAAAGUGGCCACCAUUAGCCGAAGUAGCGCCAACGGUGGACCACUGGCCACGAUUCGCGAGUCUCGGAGCAAAACUCGCGAAAGCAAAUCGCUGAAAAAGCACAGCCGAAAUAGCUUACAAUCAAACAGCCAUGCAGGCGGCAAGGAGACAAAUAAUGUGAACGCUUUCGUUAUACACUGUAAUGGUAAUGGUAACUGAUGUUUGUAAGAAUCUCAAACCGAACUUAACACAUGAAUCGUGCCAAAAAAUAUUUGCUAGAACUCGUAGGAUAGAAAGUGUCGAUAUUGAAUAAUCAAAACGCAACUCCAAUAUCUGUUUAGCUGAAGUAGAUUAAAUUUUUAAAAAGCGAACAAAAUGCGCAUUUUAUAUUGAUCAUACAUAUACACAUGCACUCAUUGACACCAUCAACUCAUAUCCAUUCCCGUGAUUGCGAGAAAUCCUUUUGUCGAUUCCCGACUGUAAAGAAUCCGAUGUAAAUAUUCGUUUUAGAAAAUAAAGAUUUUUUAUUCUGUAGAUUAUUGAAAGAUUCAAUAUUUCGCAAAUGUAAAAACGUAUUUAUUUGAAUAAUUUUGUUGAAUCAUAUGACUAUAACUAGUGCGGAAACGAAACUUCUUUCAAAAUGGCAAAUCCACUUACAAUAUCAACAAUAAAAUAUAUAACUCAAAUCAGUAAUGAAGAUUUAACUGAUACUACUCGUAAUAUAAUCCCAAUAGAAUCGAAAAAGAGACAAUUUUAACAUAAACCAACCCAAGCGUUAAUAAUAUUGCAAAAAAAAACAAUACACGCACUGCCGAGAUUUGUAGACUGAAUAACACGCUUUCACUAUGCCAAUCCUAAAUUUUUGCCAUCAGGAUUGUUUCUUUCCCAUAUACCCAUCCAUUUCAUUGUAAAUAAAGAGCUAUUAUUUGUGUACAAAGGUUGUUUGAUCCUUUUUGCUCUGCCAUUCCUGGUUUUGAAUCCUACCAAUCCUUUUCUUUCUCAUUAGGAUCUAGUUAAGUUUUUACUGCGAUUCCUGUUGGAGAUUUUCAGAACCUAGUAAGCUACUUGUAAUAAAUGGGAAUCCCCCUCUUGUACACAUAUGUAAACCGAACUGGUACGGUCAAAUAAGCUUUGUUGAGAAGACGGAAUAGAGUUAUGAAUUGAUAAUGGUUUUAAGAAGGUGAUGAGUUUCGCGACCACCGAUCAUGGAAAAA